CAUUGAUUGGAGUCUGUGUGAGUGGCACAGGGAGAGAGAGAGGGCGGACUGGGGGUGCGGGAUGGAGGGGACGGCUGGACAGGUUAUCAAAUGUAAGGCUGCGGUAGCAUGGGAGGCAGGCAAACCGCUGUCUAUUGAAGAGGUGGAGGUUGCUCCCCCAAAGGCUCAUGAAGUUCGCAUUAAGAUUGUCGCCACUGGUGUUUGUCACACCGAUUCUUACACCCUGAGUGGCUCUGAUUCCGAAGGAUUGUUCCCGGUGAUUCUUGGACAUGAAGGAAGUGGGAUAGUGGAGAGUGUUGGAGAGGGAGUGACUUGUGUCAGAGCAGGGGAUCGAGUGAUUCCACUUUACAUCCCACAGUGUGGAGAAUGCAAGUUUUGCCUGAAUCCCAAGACAAACCUCUGCCAGAAGAUCAGGGUUACCCAGGGCCAGGGCUUGAUGCCCGACAAGACAAGCAGAUUUACCUGCAAAGGGAAGCAGAUUUUCCACUAUAUGGGGACCAGCACCUUCUCCCAGUACACAGUUGUUGCUGACAUCUCUGUCGCUAAGGUUGAUGCUGCUGCUCCACUGGAUAAGGUCUGCUUGCUGGGUUGUGGUAUUUCUACUGGCUAUGGUGCAGCCCUCAAUACUGCCAAGGUUGAGUCAGGCUCUACCUGUGCUGUGUUUGGUCUGGGUGGAGUGGGUCUUGCGACUCUUAUGGGAUGCAAAGCAGCUGGUGCUUCUCGUAUCAUUGGGAUUGACGUUAAUAAAGACAAAUUUAAGAUUGCCAAGGAAUUUGGUGCAACUGAAUGCAUCAACCCCAAAGAUCAUGAGAAACCAAUUCAAGAGGUGUUGGUUGAGUUGACAGACGGCGGAGUGGACUACUCUUUUGAGUGCAUCGGUAAUGUGAAUGUGAUGCGAGCUGCAUUGGAAGCCUGUCAUAAAGUGGGAACCAGUGUGAUCAUAGGGGUUGCACCUUCAGGACAUGAGAUCGCAACUCGACCCUUCCAGCUGGUGACUGGCCGCACGUGGAAAGGCACAGCGUUUGGAGGGUGGAAAAGCGUGGAAAGUGUGCCCAAGCUUGUGCAGGAAUACAUGGCUAAGAAAAUAAAGGUGGAUGAGUUUGUAACUCACAAACUCCCAUUUGACAAGAUCAAUGAAAGUUUUGAGCUCAUGCAUGCUGGAAAGGGCAUCCGGACUGUCCUCUCGUUUUGAGGCUGGUGUCCCAAGAGCUUGCAAUACCAUGGCCUUACCUGUCGAAUGGAAUCCUUUACUACAAAAUCAGUCAACUAUGCUCAUUAAUGGCUUAAUUACUUCAUGCAGUGUACAUACUUGAACAGUAAUUAGUGUUUACUUCUGUUGCUGUAUUCCUGUAAUACCUGUUAUGUACAAGUCUCAAAUUAAAAUAAAGGCAUUUUCUUA